AUGGCAUGCACAAGCUCUCCGACGGCGACACGCACCAUCACGGUCACAAACUCUGUGGCGAUUGUGUCAACUUCUAUAGCUGUCGUGGCAGGCGAUGGGACAACAUCGACGUUGGAGACGACGUCGUGCGGGUCGGACGGGUUGUGCCCAACCGUGAUCCAGACGACUGUGAUCCCAGGUCCUGAGACCACGUCUACGGCGCUUAUAACGAACUAUGAGGCCUCAACAUCGGAGUCAGUCGAGACCCUGUACGGCCAGUCUUGCGCGGACGAUAACAAUUCUCCCUCUACCGGGGCCGGUGCCGCGACUACGACUACUUCGCAACAAGCAUCAGAAACCACCUUCCUCACCUCCUCCGUCGUUACCUUCACCUCUUCGCGCGUUACCUCAUCCGACGGCUCUAUCAUCACCGUACCCGUCACCCUAACCUCCACCGGUGUGAACACGGCGACCGGUUCCACCACGAAAAGCAACAGCGCUUCACACAGCACAACAAAUAAAGGGGCUAUCAUCGGCGGUGUCAUUGGUGGCGUUGUAGGCCUUGCCCUCGUCGCCCUCGCCUUCUACCUUUGUUUGGCAGCGCGGAAGAAGCGCCGACAUCAAUGGGAUGGGGUCUUUGAGGACGUUCUAUAUCGUCCUCCCUCAGACGGCGCACACUUGCCCAUUGUUCCCUUAGACGUUGACGCAGACGAACCGACGUGGCGCGGCGGCGCUCCAGGCAGCCACCCGCCCUACGAAGAUACCGAUCCCGCGGUCGUCGCAGGCGCCGGUGACCAGCAAAUGUCGGAGGUCGCCACUAUCACGCCCUUCCCCCCACCAUCCUCAGUCCCCUCGCUGCGCACCGACAGAGAGCUCUUCGUCGCAAAUCCUGAUCUCGCUGGGUCCUCACAAGACAUCACGACCAGCUCGGAGCGCCAUGCAACAGUUGACGAGCACUCGGAAGAGGUGUACGAUCCCUAUGCCCCGCACGCUCAGGCGCACCCUUUCAGCAGAGACAGGAAGCAUCCACUCGUUCAUUUGGACGGUGGCAGGUACCAGCAGCACGCUGAUCUCCCCCCGCCGGCAUAUCAUGAACAGUGA